AGUUUACAGAUCGUCGCACUCACGAAAUGUAGGCUAUAUUCAUUGUGAAGAAUGAAAAAGAGGUGGUUGAUUCCAAACAAGCUUUUCCUUAACGUUAAAACUGUCUACUCUCCAUCAACUUUAACUGCACCGUCUCGCUUUGAUACUCGCUAGUCUUGCAUGUCGUGCAUCGUUCGUUGUUUGUUAUCGUUAAUUGUUUCUUAACAAAUGCAUCUUAAUUGGGCUGACCAGUGCUGUAUUUUGGAUUAUUCAGAUUUAUUCAAUUUGUGCGUGUGACCUACAAGGUGCAAUACUUUUUUCUACUAGUUCACUUUAGCAGAUAAUGAGCAGUCGGCUUUAGAACAGUAAUAAUUUCUUUGUUGUUUUAAUUUUUUGAUUGAGAAUGAAUAUCGGAGUCUUCGUUCUUCCGUCGUUAGUUGUCUAUUGUUUCCUUUCCUUCGUAAACGGCCAUGGUAGACUAAUUGAACCACCCAGUCGAGCGUCUGCUUGGAGGUACGGUUUCGAUACACCCCAUAAUUACAACGACCACGAAUUAUUUUGUGGGGGAUUUACGAGACAAUGGGUGAAAAAUGAAGGAAAGUGUGGCGUUUGUGGAGAUCCUUGGGAUUCCAAAACUCCUCGAGCACACGAAUAUGGUGGUACUUAUGGCAAAGGAAUAAUUGUAAGAAAAUAUGCCCCAGCUUCAAUUAUGACGAUUCGAGUAGAAAUAACUGCAAACCAUUGGGGAUAUUUCGAAUUUUCAAUUUGUCCUAACUAUAUAAAUCCUACGCAAGAGUGUCUGAAUAAAAAUAUAUUGAAAAUCGUCAAGCCACAAGAAAAUGUUGAUCACCAUGGGGUUAGGUACUUUCCUAAAGAGGGUAAUAAGGUUUAUGAAAUGAAGUACAGAUUACCGAAGAAGACUUGUGAACAUUGUAUUCUACAAUGGAGAUAUAUAGCAGGUAACAAUUGGGGCAAUUGUCCUAAUGGAACUGGUGCAGUUGGUUGCGGUCCUCAAGAAGAAUUUCGCGCAUGUGCGGAUAUCGUAAUCGAAGGUAAAGCUGAUCAAUCAUUGGUGCCCGAAAUUGAGCAACCAUCUGUAUCAACAACACUUCAACCAGAAUCAUCUAGUACUAUCAUUGUGCCAACAAGCUUACCAACUCCAGAAGAAUCGUAUAAUCCAUUGUCAGCUUUAUUGAUUUCAUUUGUUUCUUUUUUAGUGGCAUUUUCGAUUUUAUUCCUUCUUUAUUUGCAUUUCUACCACAUUGGUAGCCAUGUUAAAAGUUGGAUAAAAGGUCCAAACAAAACUGCUGCUUUGGUGGUACCUCCUCGUCCACCUCCAAGAACUAAGAGAGCAAUAAGUCCCACGAGAAUAGUUAGUACUGAUGGUAUGCAGGAGAUUGAUUUGCGAAGUGAAAGUUUAGCAUGAUAAUGUUUAUUUGGGAUGUCCAAAAUCGGUCAGAUAUUCAAAAGAUGAUGAAUCUGUUUCAUGGAGAACUUCCGAAUAUUGUACGCGAAAUGAUUUAGUUUUAUAAAUUUUCUUUGUACUAUCUAUCUAGUUACCUAUAGUCUAACAAACGAAAAAUGAAUUAACGUCAAUUAUAGCUUGAAAAUAUUCGGUACUUAAAAUACGAGAUAAUGGAAAAAAUAAAUGUUAAAAAUCAACAAUAGGCAAAAAUGAAAAAAUGAUUAUCUUACACGGUAGAUGUGCAUCAGGUUAUAUACGUAACAUUUUGCUCAUAAUUAAAUCUCAAAUAAUUAGGAUGUGGUGUCUACAUCAGAGACGUGGAGCGUUUGCUACGUACUGUAAGAAAUAAAUCUAUAAGCCUGGAAAACGCUUAAUUUUCUGUAGAUAAACAGAUAAAUAGAAUACAAUAUUUGUGUACAAAAAAAUAAACUUGAUCCCUGAUCAUCCUUUUGAAGAAUCACUCCGACUAUAAUACGUAGAUCUGUUUUUGCUCGGUCAAUAUCAGGGAUUUGUAUAAUCACCUAUUUCUACUGGACCUUGUAUUACAUCUGAUGUCAAUGCAUUCUCUUCGCCUAUAUUUUUAAGUUUUAAUGUGUAGUUUCUCUGGAUGCCAUUAUUUGUCGAUUCACAUUGGUUACAAUUUCGAGGUCUUUGUCAUGUGGAGGUAUUAUAUGAGGCUAUGCGGUCGUAGAUGAUUCACCUUCAAUGCUAUAUUCACUUGUUUCUUCUACAAUUGGCGAUUUGUUUUGGACGAACUUUCUACGUUUUUUUGUGGGGCUCCAGUUAUAUUCAGGCUCAGAUUAUGCAUUAUCUGUAUUAUCCGUCAUAUUUAGGUAAAGUCGAAUUCAUAAGCCCUACUCGUGGUUCUACAUCAAACAUUGCUUGGUGUGGUGACUGUUUAAUACCGGAAUGAAGUGCCCUGUACAAACCGAAUACCAUUUGACCAAUUUGUGGUAUCGUUGUUUAGGAUCCACGAAGCCAACAUUUUCUCUACAUCUUGGUAAGCCCUUUUAAAAGAUCCUUAGCUCUGGUUGUGUCUUGGCUUUCCAUGGACCAGUUUACACUAUGAACAAAAUGUAACGAGCACAUUUAUGACAAAAUUUACAAAUUAUCUGCCGUUAACGGAGUGUAAGAUGAAAGGAGCACUAAAUGUCAGAAAUAUAUCAGCCAACUCGAUGGCUCUCUUACUUUUCAUUGUACGUAAUAAAAUAAAUUUUGUCAAAUGGUCGUGAUAUGCUAUUAUAAACUUAAAUCAUCGAUCUUCUUGUGUUUGCAUGUCUAUACGAUUGACUUCAUCAUUUCUAAGGUUAUGUUUGUAAAGUUUCAUUUUUCAGUCUAUCCCGACCAACAUGUCCGACGGCCACAUGCCGUCUUCAAUUAUAUCAAAAAUUUUAUCCACAUAUACAGGUCCUGUACACACACAACUAAUUGUGAUCUUUUUUUCGUGAUCAUCGCUAAUAACUGUAACAUACCUACUAAUUAUCGGACACGAUAUUCACUCUUCAGUUUGGAAUGGCAAUGUAUUUAUAAGGGUCGAAACUACAAACAGAAUCAUGCUUUGAGUCGGUAUGACUUAUAGUUACCAUAAAAUCCACCCACUUCAACAUAAGUAUUAACUAUCUUUUUUCCACGAAAAAAUACGAUUAUUUGUUCUAAUAUCUCUAUUAUUUGAGUGAAAUAUAAACUAUUUCAAUAAAAUGUUCAACCAAACACACAUUAAUAAUUCCGAUGCCUCCAGCUCUGUCACCUGAAAUAGAAUGUUUUUUUUGUGUCGAUAAUUUGGCUGACUUAUUUCAUUUUCUGUUUGUUAGACUUGUGGUGUAUUCAGUAGAUAUAUUAAAUUGGCAGUGUUUCUUAUACAAUUAUAUUUAUUAUAUUUUGUACAUAUUACUUCGAUUAUUUCUUGUACAGCAUGGUAUUUUUAUAAAUAAAUUGUAUACAAUUU